AUGGCAGGUGAAUUGAGCGAAGACAUCUUUGAGAAGGUUUGCGGUUUCGACGGUUCCAGUAUCCGUGGUUUCCAAGCAAUUAAUGAGAGCGAUAUGUUGCUCUUCCCAGAUCCAACAACCGCUAUUAUCGACCCGGUCUGUAAGGUGCCGACGCUAAGUAUUACGUGUAAUAUCAAAGAUCCGAUCACGUUGGAGAAUUACACGCGUGAUGUACGGUAUAUCGCACAGAAAGCAGAGGCGUAUCUCCAAUCCACCGGAAUCGCAGAUACGAGCUACUGGGGUCCUGAGGCAGAAUUCUAUCUCCUGAACGACAUCCGCUACGGACAGAACCAGCACUCUGGUUUCUACUCCGUCGAUUCUGUUGAAGGCAGUUGGAAUUCAGGUCGCGAAGAGAACCCAAACCUCGGUUAUAAACCGCGCUACAAAGAAGGUUACUUCCCGGUACCGCCUUCCGAUACACUCAAGACCUCGCUCCGAGAUCUGUCUGAAGCUCAUGAAGCUGGCGUUGAUGUGGAAGUUCACCACCAUGAAGUGGAACCGCGGGGCAAGGCGAAUCGACAUCCGCUAUGGUGA